GUGAUUUUUAGUUUAUACUCUUUACGCUUUUUAUUUAGUAGUACUAGUAAUAUAGAUCUGGAUGUGACGUUUCAUUUCGAUACUGCAACAUGGCGAGCCAUGUGGACGACACGUGCGAUGCCGCCAUGCCGCCAAAAGACCUUACAAACCUUGAUGAGGACGAAUCCAAGACGAUGCAUGAUGCAUCCCCCUCCCUUGCGGACGCGUCAGCCGUCCUGGAAGAACCUGUGGUGGGCACCGACAGCACGAGUGAGCAAGUACAUGCGUUGGAGCUUGAAAAGGAGGCGUUGGGGAUAGAACUUAGUCGAUCUCAUGCGAGGGAGGCACGUUUGCGGGCGACUGCUGCCGACUUGACGGAGCGCCUGGAAGCAGCGACCGCGGCGAAAGUCCGUCCCGAAAACGCAGAGUCUAAGCAGGUGGAUCUACUCCAUCAGCACAUCCGCCAGCUUCAGGAGACACUGGACGAAGUGGAGCGAGGCCGGCAGCACGCCGUGUUCAAAAUCAGCGAAUUGGCCGCUCGGGUCCACGGAACUGCCGACAACCAUGCAGUGGAGGCCGAGUGGAUCCAAAAGACAAAACAUGACUUUGAGCUGCUUAACCAGCGGACGCGACUUCUUCUCGCGCAGCAGGAAGAGCGGCAUGCCGCCGCUUUGGACGUCGCGAUGCGGCGUCUGUCGUUGGAACAUGCGGCGGCGAUGGACAAGCUGCGACUGGACAACGACAUUCGAUGGACCGAAUGGCGCCAUGAAGAGAGUCGGCGCAUGAAGGAAGUGGAGGCCGCCAUGGAAGCCGACAAGUCAAGCGUGCGGCUGGCAAUGAAGCACAACAUUGAAUCCACGCGUAUCCACCAACGGGUGACGGUUCCAUCUACCACCACCCAUUCUGCAUCAUCAUCUCCUCCAUCGUCACUUGGCAUGACGACUGUGGACGCAGACACGCUCGUGCGGAUGCAACUGGACACUCUGCGCACGCGACGCAUGGAUGCGCUCAAGAAACUCUGCCUCGUUCGCAUUUCUAUCGGCCGGACGCGCCUCUAUGCCGCGUGGAUGCGAUGGAACGUUCAUGGUAGCUCCAUCCACGCCAGAAAACGCCUCGGUGCACACAGCAUGGCAACUGCCUUGACCCGGUGCCGCCAGCAAGCCAUCCGGCGGCGCUUCCAAGGGUGGUGCCUCAACACCAGACUGUACCAUUGGCAGACGAUCCAUAACUCCGUGCUCAAUCAAAUCCUCGCCGUCCAGAGGCUUCAUCAUGUCGUGUACUUGAGGAUGGUAUGUUCGCCGCCUAUGACGCAUCGGAUUCAUGGCAUUGUGGUAUAGAGGACCAACGUCCUGAGAGCCUUUGGAAGGUGGAGAGGAGAUGGACGUAGCGCUGUGGGAGAUGGCCGGGAGAUAUGCCAACUUCGCAAAGAAGUCACCAUGCUCCACGACGAGCUCGCUAAGACCAAGGCCGAGACGUGGCGGUGCAAGCGUCAAAUGUUGCAGCAAUUCAAGCAGUCGGCAAUGUGAUAUGAUUAUCCGGAUACAUGACUUCCAGUUAAUACUGUGUUAACACUAUACUC